UACCGAGCUGCACUGCUGGUGAUGCUGUCGUUCAGGUCAGAUGUUGAAUUAAGCUUGUGUUCUCCGGCAGGCUUAGUGUAAUUCGUGAAGAAGGACAGGGGAGAUCACUCUGAGAAUAGGAUAAAUAAUUGGAUAAUUUGUAUCCAUGCUGUUGGUUGAGAAGUAAACAUUGACCAGGACAUCGGGGAGAUAUCCCCAGCUUCUUUUUGCUAUAAUGCCAUGAGAUCUUGUGAUGUCCAACUGAGAAGGUAGAUGUGGUCUCAGUUUAAUACCUCUUCUGAAAGUCAGUCCCUCGUACAGUGUGGUACUUUAUUGAAAUGCCAGCCUGAAUUUUGUGCUCAAGCCUCUGGAGUGGGAUUUACACUCUCAACCUUUUGAAUCAGAGGUUAUUCUGUUUUCAAAGUAUGAAGGCUUCUGUUGCUCUGAUUGUUUCCUUGCUGGCUGCUGCCAUCUCACCGAAAAGAAUUCACUUUCAAAAACAGACGGUCCAAUCUUCAUGUGUCCGAUGCUGUGGUCCAUUGGAGAAGCCUACAUAUCCAUAUGGAUUGUCGUCCAGCCACAGGAUGGCAAGUGACCAUCCUACCUACCCCAUGCCUGAAAUCAAGCCAAAGAUUGAUAUGACUAUACUAAAAGGCUCCAAGGGAGAGAAAGGGGAGAGAGGAAUGCCAGGAAAAACAGGCAAAGCAGGACCCAAUGGUUCCAGUGGUACCACUGGCCUCAAGGGAGACAAAGGACAAGCCGGCAUUCCGGGGCACAACUGCAAGCAGCAUUAUGCAGCAUUCUCGGUCGGCCGCCGGAAGGGGGUCCAGAGCAAAGAACUCCAGACGCAGCUGAUUUUUGACACUGAGUUUGUCAACCUUUACCACCACUUCAAUAUGUUCACUGGCAAGUUCUACUGCUACGUCCCAGGGGUCUAUUUCUUUAACCUCAACGUGCACACCUGGAACUUUAAAGAAACGUACCUCCACCUCAUGCGCAAUGGUGAGGAGGUGGUGAUCCUGUAUGCUCAACCCAGUGACCGCAGCAUCAUGCAGAGCCAGAGUGUUAUGCUGGACCUAAGCGACAAAGAUGAGGUUUGGGUGCGUCUCUACCAGGAGAACAGGGAAAACGGCAUUUACAGCGGCGAGGGUGAUGUCUAUAUCACAUUCAAUGGCUAUUUAAUCAAGGCAGCAGCAGCAGAGGUGGAUUAGGAGGGCAGUAGGCAGUGCAGUGGCACAAGCCUGUUGCAUCAUUCAAGUUAGAUUGUGGCUUAAAAGGGAUUACAUUGUGAGGACAGGCUGUAUAGACUAGGUUGUAUUACCUUGAGCAUGGAAAAUUAAGGUGUGGUCUAAUUGAGAUGUUUAGGAUGAUUAAAGGGGCUGAUAGGAUAGAUAGAAAGAAACUAUUUCCUCUGGCACAAGAAUCCACAACUAGGGACGUAAUCUUAAAAUUAAAGUUAGGCUCUUCAGGGACAUGUCAAGAAUUUCUUCACACAAAGGGUAGUGGAAAUUUACGCUCUCUGUCCCAAAAUAUCUGUUGAGGAUGAGGGGUCAAUUAUAAAUUUUAAAAUAGAUUUUUGUUAGGCAAGUGCAUUGAGGAAUAUGGAACCAAGGUGAGUAGAUAGAUCAGCCGUGACAUAAUUGAAUGGCCUACUCCUGUUCCUUUGCAUUUAACUCAUCUAUGACUCGUCUUUGAUCAAUAUCCCUUGAAAUCCUUCCCCAAUAUAAAUGUGUCAAUCUCAGUCUUGAACAUUUUAACUGACUCCCAGAAUCCACUGCCUUUUGAGGGAGAAAAUUCCAAAUUUCCACUACCCUUUGGUACAAAAGUGCUUCUUGGUUUUUGAAUCCUGAACAUCUAACUCUCAUUAUACUCGGCCAGCAUUUUGAAGUUGACUGUGUUCAGGCAGUUCUCACAAUCUGAAUUCUGAUAAAGGUCAUUGACCUGAAACGUUAAUUCUGUUUCUCUCUCCAAAGAAGCUGCCUGACCUGCUGAGCGUUCUCAAGCAUUUUCUGCUUUUAUUUCAUAUUUUGAGCAUUUGCAGUAUUUUAUAUUGAUUUUAGUUCUCAUGACCUUACUUGUUCCUCCUUUCUUGUUUUACAACUUUCCCCGCACCCCCAGGUGAAUAACUGGCAUCACACAUAUCAACAACUUGCAUUCAUAUAGUGUUUUUAACAUAGUCAACCAUCCUGCGACGCUUCCCAGGAGCAUUACCAGACAGAAUUUGAUGCAAAGCCACAUAAAGAUGUGUUCGGGCAGGUGGUUAAAGCUGGAGAGGUAGAGAGGCCGAGAAGUUUAGGAAGGGAAUUCCGGAGCUGGCAGCCUAGACAACUGAAGGCAUAGCCUAGAGGAGUGAAUUACAUACGUGGCCAGAAUUGGAGGGGCACUGGAUCUCGGAGGGUUGUAUGGCUGUAGGAAAUUACAGCUAUAGGAAAAUCUAAAAAUAAGGAUGAGAAUUUUAAAAUUGUGGUGUUUCCAGACCAGGAGCCAAUGUAGGUCAGCAAGCACAGGGAUGAUGAGUGAAUGGGACUUUGUGCGAGUUAGGCUAUGGGCUGCAGAGUUUUGGAUGACCUCAAGCUGGAUUCCAGGAGUUAUCAUAAAUCAAUGGCACUGUCACUGGAUCCUUUUAUAUAAUUGGGAAAUUACAAAGUUAAGUAACUGUCUAUUGAAGUGAUGGAUCACUCUUAACUCAUUAUCCAUUAUGACACACAUUUCUAUCCUUGUAUACAUGUUACACUUUCUAAUAAAAAGAGGACAUUGUGUG